CGGCAGCGGUAGGCCAAGAUGGCGGCUCCCAGCGACACCGCCGGUGAUGGCGGCGCGGCCCGGUACUGCCUGGUGAGCGGCAUCCCGGCCGUGCUCCGCUCCGCGCAUCUCCGCGCCUACUUCAGCCAGUUCCUGGAGGCCGGCGGAUUCCUCUGCUUCCACUACCGUCACCGGCCCGAGCGCCCGCCAGCGGGCGGCGGCGGCGGGGCCUCGGCGCCGCGCACCUGCUCGUGCCUGGUGUCCGUGCGGCCCGGCCGGGCCCGCAGCUUCAUCCGCAUGUACUCGGGGAAGCGCUGGCUCGGGCCCGGCGGUGCCGCGCUGCCCGGCCGCUGCCUCAUCCGCAGGGUCCGCCUGAGCCCCGGGACAGCCCCCCAGGUGUCUCCCAGCAGCGAGGACAGGGCGGCUGCCGGGGAAUGUGUCCCCGGGGGAUGUGUCACAGGAGGAUCUGUCACAGGAGGAUCUGACACCUUUGGAUCUGUCCCCGGGGGAUGUGUCACCGAGGGAUCUGUCCCCGGGGGAUGUGUCACCGAGGGAUCUGUCACCGAGGGAUCUGUCCCCGGGGGAUGUGUCACCGAGGGAUCUGUCCCCGGGGGAUGUGUCACCGAGGCGGAGCUGAAGCGGCUGCCCGAGCUGAACCCCCCAUCGUUCAUGCCGUUUGGGAACGUGGGCACCCCCCUGGGCGUGUUCCUGGAGCUGAUCCGGGCCUGCCGCCUGCCCCCCCGCCUCAUCAGCAAGCUGCAGCUGCAUUUCCCGAGGACUGCCUCAUCCCGCAGGUAUGGGAACGUGCCCUUCCAGUACCCGGGCACCCAGACGGUGGCUGAGGAAGGAGGAGUUUACACGGCUGCAGGGGAUGAGAUCACCGAGGGAGAGGAGCCCGUGGGGCUGACUCAGCCAGCCCGGCCCCGGGACCAUGAGGAGGAGCAGCAGAAGGAGGAAGAGGAGUCGAGCUCGGGUGAUGUAAGUGGAAUAUUCCAGCGCCAUGCAGGCUCAGCUGUUGGGGCUGUGAGGGCAGGUCCCACUCUCAGAGCUCAUUUUUAACCUCUCAGUUGGAUAAAUGGCUUGUUAAAAGCAGUUUUAAAUGAGAUUGUUCAUCACAGGGGGGCCUGGACCCCCAGAACUGCUCAGGGUGACUUUGACGAGCAGACAGCCGAUGACUGGGACGUGGACAUGAGCAUCUACUACGACAAAGAUGGAGGGGAUAAGGACGCCCGGGACUCGGUGCGGAUGUGGCUGGAGCAGCGGCUGCGGGAUGGGCUGCAGGACGGCUCCGUGGCAGGGCAGCACCUCGGCUCCUUCGAGAGACACACCAAGGGCUUUGGCAGGAAGGUCCUGGAGCAGCAGGGCUGGACAGAGGGGCUGGGCCUGGGGAGCAGCAACUCUGGGAUGGCCGAAGCUCUGGAUAACGAGGGGCAGAACCCCCGGUGCAAGAGGGGGCUGGGCUACCACGGGGAGAAGCUGCCAACUUUUAUCAGGAGGAAGAAGCCCCGUGGGGACAGUUCUGUUGUCAUCUCCACCAUCUACGAUGAGCCCGAGCCCCAGGACACGGGUGACCAGCUGCUCCGGCGCCAGCCCCCCACGGCCAUGAAGUACAGACAGGACAUGGCCUUUGUCCGAGCGUCCCACCCCGCCCUGGGCAGCCUCAGAGCCCAGCCACGCUGAGCACAGCCCUGCUCCCCAGUCCAGGCUGGCUCCUGGCCUCAGUGUGAAGCAGGGCCUUUAUAUUUUUAUUUUUAGUAAAAAUACAGAUUUGUAACAAAAGCUA